AUGAACGGACCUCCGUGGGACAGACGGACCUCCGUGGGACAGACGGACCUCCGUGGGACAGACGGACCUCCGUGGGACAGACGGACCUCCCUGGGACAGACGGCCCUCCCUGGGACAGACGGCCCUCCCUGGGACAGACGGCCCUCCCUGGGACAGACGGCCCUCCCUGGGACAGACGGCCCUCCCUGGGACAGACGGCCCUCCCUGGGACAGACGGACCUCCCUGGGACAGACGGACCUCCCUGGGACAGACUGACUCCCAAAUGCCCCCUUAGCCCCACCACCCAGAGCCCCAGUCUGGGCUUGCCCCAACCACCUCCGCCCCUCUCCAGCCCUCCUACCACCACCCAGAGACCCAGCCUGGGCUUGCCCCAGCCACCUCCGCCCCUCUCCAGCCCCCCUACCACCACCCAGAGCCCCAGCCUGGGCUUGCCCCAACCACCUCCGCCCCUCUCCAGCCCCCCUACCACCACCCAGAGCCCCAGCCUGGGCCCAACCACCUGCCCCUCUCCACCACCUCCGCCCCCUCUCCAGCCCCCUAUCACCACCCAGAGCCCCAGUCCAGCCCCCUCCCACCACCCAGAGCCCCAGGGACUGGACCCCAUCCUGUAUAAGAAGUGCCAGGGUGACGCUGCCCGGCUGUGCCACACCCACGGGUGGAAUGAGACCAAUGAGCUGAUGCCACCUGGUGCCGUGUUCUCGUGUCUCUAUCGCCAUGCCUACCGCACCGAGGAGCAGGGACGACGGCUGUCUCGUGACUGUAAGGUAGAGGUACAGAGGAUCCUCCACCAGAGGGCGCUAGAUGUGAAACUAGACCCUGAUCUCCAGAAGCGCUGUUUGACUGACCUGGGGAAGUGGUGUAGUGACAAGACUGGCACGGGACAGGAGUUGGAGUGUCUGCAGGACCACCUGGAAGACCUGCUGUCAGGGUGUGGUGAGGUGGUGGGCAACCUGACAGAGCUGCAGUCUGAGGUACCACUGACAUUCAUAUUGAUCCAGCCCUGUCUGAUCCGGGCCUGUCAGCCUGUCAUCCAGUCUCACUGCCAUCUAUCCAGUGAUGUAUCUGAUAACCAGGUGGAUACAGGGGAUGUGAUGGAGUGUCUGGUUCAGAACAAACACCAGAAGGAGAUGAACAGCAAGUGUACCGUGGGAGUGACACACUUCCAGCUGAUCCAGAUGAAGGACUUUCGUUUCUCCUACAAGUUCAAGAUGGCGUGUAAAGAGGACGUGCUCAAGCUCUGCCCCAACAUCAAGAAGAAGGUGGAUGUAGUGAUCUGUCUCAGUACUACAGUGAGGAAUGACACUCUGCAGGACGUCAAGGAGCAGCGUGUCUCUCUCAAGUGUCGGAAACAACUCAGAGUAGAGGAGCUGGAGAUGUCAGAGGACAUUCGUCUGGAACCGGAGUUGUAUGACGUGUGUAAGACGGACAUCGGGCGGCUCUGCUCCAACGUGGUGUUCGGUAACGCUCAGACGAUGGAGUGUUUAAAGGACAGGAAGAAGCAGCUGUCUCGGCAGUGUCACCAGAGGGUGUUUAAACUACAGGAGGGAGAGAUGCUGGAUCCAGAACUGGACUACCAGCUCAUGAGGGUCUGCAAGCAGAUGACUAAGCGGUUCUGUACAGAUGUGGAUGCUAAGAACAUGCUGCAGUGUCUGAAACAGAACAAGAACUCUGAACUGAUGGAUCCCAAGUGUAAACAGAUGAUCACCAAGAGACAGAUCACACAGAACACAGACUACAGGUUGAACCCAAUAUUGAGGAAGGCCUGUAAGGCAGACAUCCCUAAAUUCUGUCAGCCAAUCCUGAACAAGGCCAGUGAUGACAGUGAACUGGAGGGCCAGGUGAUUGGUUGCCUGAAGCUGAAAUACGCCGACCAGCGUCUGUCUCCAGACUGUGAGGACCAGAUCAGAGUGAUUAUGCAGGAGUCGGCUCUGGACUACAGACUGGACCCCCAGCUACAGAUCCACUGUGUUGAGGAGAUCCCCGGUCUGUGUGCGGAGGAGGCAGUGGCCCAGGAGCAGACAGGUCAGGUGGAGGAGUGUCUGAAGGCCAACCUGUUGAAGAUCAAACAUGACUUGUGUAAGAAGGAGGUGCUGAACAUGUUGAAGGAGAGCAAGGCAGACGUCUUCGUUGAUCCUGUCCUCCACACGGCCUGUGCCCUUGACCUCAAACACCAGUGUGCUGCUGUCACGCCGGGCAGAGGACGCCAGAUGGCAUGUCUACUGGAGUCGUUGCAGGAUAAGAAAGUCCGUCUGCAGCCAGAGUGUAAGAAGAGACUCCAGGACCGCAUGGACAUGUGGAGCUACGCUGCCAAGGUCGCUCCAGCAGAGGGUUUUUCAGACCUUGCCAUGCAGGUGAUGAUCUCCCCCUCUAAGAACUACAUCCUGUUUAUAAUCUCCCUGGGGGUGAUUGUCCUCUUCCUGGUCGGCCUGCUGUGUGGACGCAUCACCAAGAGAGUCACCAGGGAACUGAAGGACAGGUAGAGAGGGGGAUGAACGGACCUCCCUGGGACAGACGGUCCUCCCUGGGACAGACGGACCUCCGUGGGACAGACGGACCUCCGUGGGACAGACGGACCUCCCUGGGACAGACGGACCUCCCUGGGACAGACGGCCCUCCCUGGGACAGACGGCCCUCCCUGGGACAGACGGCCCUCCCUGGGACAGACGGCCCUCCCUGGGACAGACGGCCCUCCCUGGGACAG